AUGGAUUCAGCCGCUUUUGCCAUUCGGAAACCAACGGGUUUCACUCGAAUAACAUCAGCGACGACUCGACCGGUCCAGCCGUGGAUUGUGGACGAACUUAAGAAGAUUCGGCAAGAAAAUCUCGGAGCAAAUGUGGACUAUACAGAAGAUCCAAUGAGCAAACUUUCCUUUAUACCAAUCCAAGAGCCGGAACACAUUCGCCGAGGACAAGAGUCUUUAAAGCAGAUGAAAAAGGCCAAAGAAGAAGAAGAUAAAAGGAAUGGAAUGAAGAAAAAGAUUGAGGACACAGUAUUACAAAUGAUUUCGGACAUUUCGAAAGGCAACCCAAUUUCUUUCAAGCACUCCGUUGUUUCAUGGUUGACCGCUGAGUACAAGGGAGGCCGGCUCAUCUAUCGAUCCGAGGACAAACAGGAGAGGGUCGUCUCCAUCAAACGCGGGCAGAGUCGCCACAAAUUAUCUCUGAUGGUACAACUGAUGGAAAGGGUGCACUGGCUUUUGCAAACCAACUCCACUGCCACCAAGCGUGAACUGUUUUACCAGUUUCUGCUGCCGAAUCAAGCCAUGCUGGACAAAGGGGUCGUCACAAUGAGCGACUUUCUCAAGGCGGCGCCUUGGGAGUUUGGAAUUUUCUCUGCAGGAAAAGGAAUUGUCGCAGGAGACCUUGAAAUCAAGUUCCAGGACGGAAGCAUCAAUUGCAAAAGAGGUGUUCUGAUUCCUGCAAACAUUUACAGCGCCAGCAAUCUCAAGUCCAAUGCAAAUUUUGUUCUCAUUGUGGAAAAAGACGCCAUUUUCCACAAAAUUCUGGAUGGAGACUUGAUGGACUAUUACGGAUCCAGCAUUUUGAUAACGGGAAAGGGGUAUCCAGACCUGAGCACUCGGUUGCUGGUCAAAAUGAUUUGGGACAAACUGAAACUCCCGAUUUUCAUCCUGGUGGACGCCGACCCUCACGGAAUAGACAUCAUGUGUACAUACAGAUUUGGCUCAAUGGCCAUGUGCCAAUUUGCUGCUGCGCUGGCCAUGCCCGAGAUCAAAUGGAUCGGAGUUCAUCCAAGCGACAUCGAUAAGCUCUGGUUCAAAGAGAGGGUUUUGAUUCCUUUUUCAACAAAGGACGACCAGGUGGCCCUUAGUUUGCUGAACAGGCCAUACGUCAUUGAAAAUCCUGCCAUAAAAAAGCAGGUUGACAUUUUGUUGGAGAAAAAGGUGAAAGCAGAAAUCGAGGCCCUCGAGAGCUUCACCGCAGAUUAUUUGACAGAUGUCUAUAUCAGUUCCAAAUUGCGCUCAAGAAGUUACAUUUAAGUUAUUCAGUUAGUUUUAAUUUAUGCACAGGUUUGGCAAUUUUGAUUUAAAAUAACUUUUCCCAGGAAAAUGACCUGAAGAUCUUUACAAUAUUGUAUUUCAUAUUAAAGGUCAUGAAACUAAAAAACUUAAGUUAUUUCCUGGUUGUAAGUUGAAACUAGAUAUAAAUAAAAGAAAAGCGAGCUGAAUUAUGUAAGGAAAAAUGCCUUCUCAAACACACAAGCUGUUGAGAGGAAACUAUAGCCCCUCUAGAGAACUUGUCAAUCUGGCGCUGCAUGACCAAUUUGCCUGUGCACACAAUAAUGUCGCAACAGGCCUGGGCAGAAACAGGGAUUUAAGAAAAGAAAAAAAUCCCUUCUCACUUCCAGGCAGGCAACGAUAGCACCCAAAACCAUCAUCUCUUAGAAGAAAAAAAGUCAAAAAAAUAUCAAUGCAUUUUUUAUUGUGGCGAAACACUCCAAGUUCUACCAAAUAAACAAAAUUAUGAACAAUUUUUUUGCGUCAUGUGCUCGAUUGAAUCGCUGCAAAUUUUAGCUCAAAUUCCCCGAA